UAGCGCCAGAUACGUAAACACAGUACGGGUUCAAGCACUCUCAGCCCGUACGGGAGAAUCAUGAGACCUCUUCCUCUGACUUGCACAUCGCUGUCGCGUUUCCACCAGCUGCACCGACAACAACACUUAUACGUCAUGUGACUAUGAGCCGCCGCCAAGCCCUGCUGAAUCAGCUGAGGUCAAAGGGCCUUGGCUGCCGGGGCAAGGCCCGACAAAAAUCGGCGGCUCUCCGUCCGGGUGCUAAACCAGGUGCGGACUAGUUUCCCCCGGAUUAUCCAACAAUAGCGCUGCCGGACCCCGCAAACAUCAUCAGCAGCUCGUCCCCGCUACCCCGCGUCGGAUAGUCUCGAGCCACCUGACAGACGCGAUGGCGGGUUGCAUCCAGUACAUAUACCGGUCAGUCCCCUUCCGCCCAGGACUUAUCUUGACGUAUAGAAGCAGUCAUAUCGAAUAGAAUGCUCGGAUUCAAGAAACAGGAGAAAGAGGUCCCCGCCGACCAGGGCUCGGUAGUCGAUAUCGACGAUGAGAAACUCGAGGCUCAGCAGCAAAUCGAGCACGUUUUGAUUGAUAGCUUGGCGAUUCCUGAUUACCGUCCGGACACCGACGAAGAAAAGAAGCUCGUGAGGAAAAUCGAUCUUUUUCUUCUGCCGACCAUUUUCUUGAUGUACUUCUUGAGUUAUUUGGAUCGCAUCAAUGUCGGAAACGCAAAGGUAGCUGGAAUGAUGGAGGCGCUUGAACUUGACUCGAAUCAGUACUCGGUUGUUCUUGUCAUUACAAUCGUCUUCUACGUCACUAUGGAGAUCCCGACAAAUAUGAUUCUUGCCAAGACGCGACCAUCGAUAUUCUUACCUACCAUCAUGGUCUGCUGGGGAAUCACUACCUGUGGCAUGUCUCAAGUGAAGUCGUACCAUCAGCUUAUUGCUCUGCGUGCGGUUGUUGGUAUAUUUGAGGCGGGAUUUGCUCCAGGUGUGCUCUUGAUGUUUUCUUCAUGGUAUCGCCGCUCGGAGCAGUCUCUGCGCUUUGGUAUCUACAUUUCCGCCCCAGUUCUGGCGGGUGCAUUUGGUGGAUUGAUCGCAGGUGCCAUCACCGGUCAUCUUGAUGGCGCUCACGGCAUUCCGGGCUGGAGAUGGCUGUUUAUUGUCGAAGGUGCUGCUACCUGCGGAUGGUCUUUGGUUUCUUACUUUACUCUUCUGGAUUUCCCCGCAAAGUCGCGAUAUAUGAGCCAACGCGAGCGCGAUUUAGCAGUUUCCAGAUUGCAGUAUGAGGCUUUGUCAAAUAUGGAAGACGACACUCCUACGCUUACUCAUAUGCAGGCACUUAAGGUUGCCCUUACUGAUUGGCGUACGCUUCUGUUCACGGCUGGCUACGGUAUUCUCAACACAACCUCUUCGCAGUCCUACUUCUACCCUACUCUUGUCAAGAGUCUGGGAUAUACUGGAACAUCCGAGAUCCAGUACAUGACUGUCCCCAUCUACGCCGUUGCAUUUGUCAUAAACCUGGUGACGUCUUAUAUCGGAGAUCAUCAGAUGCACAACAAGCGUGGAUUUUUGAUUGCUGGAUGUAUGGGAGUUGUCUGUCUGACGGGCAUUCUGACAGUGACUAUCUACAAUGACGUCGCGCGUUACGUGUUCUUGGUGUUGAUGUGCUCGGCUGUUUGGGCAGGUACAGCAGGCUGCUUAGCGUACGCAUCGUCGUCGUUUGGAUAUAUGGAGCGAGAGGCUCGUGGUAUUGCUCUGGCUUGUAUGAAUGGUAUGGGAACAGCCGCGACUAUUGGUGGAUCUUUCCUGUUUCCGUCAAAGGACUCGCCAAAGUAUAUCAUGGCAUUUUCAGUCGUGAGCGCUACCAGUUUUGUUGGUAUUUUUGCAUUCAGCGCUUUGCAGGUGUUGCUUAAGAAGUAUGCACCAAAGAAGUAAUUUGUUGAAUAGUGUCUUGAUUUAUCGUGUAUCUGUAUCUAAAUCGAAUUGUUAUUUGAAAGCAUCUUGAAAGAAGUCAUAGUACACACUCGCCGGUCCUGUUAUCAGUGAAUGCGCUCAUGACAUUUAGGGUUUUGAGCGAGGCGGUCGAUUACUCGGCUCCAGCGUUGCCAGUCUUGUGUACCCUACUCAACGGGGAUAGCUUAUGUGUAGCGCAAAAACUACGCUCAUUGAUAGACAUCUUUGCUAUCGAAUUGUCAUUCAGCAUAUUGAGCGAGCAUUAUUUUACUCAAGAUAU